GAACAUGAGGGGGCUCAGGGUGUGAUGCAAUGUCACAGCCCGCCUUCUUUUGCCAGCCCCUAUAAGUAGCCGUGGGCGGGAGCCAGGGGAUUGCACCUGUUUCAUUCCAGCUCCCGGAGGACGGAGGGAGGAGACCUGCAUUUCCCAUUCACUACCUUUUCCCUAGCGCAUUUCUCCGCCUUCGCAGCUCUCACUGCUCGGCACGCUCCACUGAGACAUGAGGACGUGGAGACCAGUCUCCUGGACCUGCUUAGGCGGCUGGCUGUGGAUUCUACACGCCUGUGCAGACCCUGGGCCCACCUCUGCUGUCCCAGCCUCUCCAGAGGAUGAGUUCACCCCUGGAGCUGCGUCUCCCACAGCGGCGGCGAGCAGUUUGCUCCGUGCCGGAGUCCUGGCAGCCACAGAGACAGCCCGAUCUCCUCCGUCCCCGUCCGCCAUGGCCGCCAACACCACGUUGCCUGGAGAACGCGCCAUUUCAAGCGGCCACGCCCGCGAAGCCAGCGCCUCUUUUCCGGCAGAGGGAGCAACAGCUAGUUUGGUGUCAGCCGUGAAUGGGGCCAAUGUCAAUUCUGUCCCGGAAACAGCGUCUUCCUCCCCCGAGCCAGGAGCCAGCGGUGGUGAAGCAGCCGAGAUCCCUACAGAAGAAGCAGAAAUGUCAGUCAGCGCCACCAACUCUUCGCACGCCUCUCCGGAAACCAGGACAGUGGCCACGACUCCGGCAGGAGAAGCGGUCGCCGCGUUGGCCUUGUUCUACUCCAGCCCAACAAACCCUCACCCGACCCUCUUCUCCCCUUCCGAGCUGGAGGUCACGAGCUCCGUUCCUGGCGCGUUCUCCGGUGUCGCCACCUCCUCUCCUCUCUCCGCAGCUACUGAGGACUGGACAGCCACCCCCGGCACUGGAUGGGGGCCAGAGGACUUGGCAUCCACUGGCACUGCUGUGUCCAAUGGACCACCUCUUUCUCCAUCGGUGGGAGAGAUGGAGUCAAGUCCUGCGGCGUUCCUGUCUCCGGCUGCCUCUCCCGCUGAGGCCCCCGUCUCAGAGACUGAAAGCCCAGGGCAGGAUGGAUCGAGUGCUCCAGAAUCCCCAGAACCACCUCCAGAGAGCGAGAUAGGACGAGGAACAUCGGCACUGGCAGGGGAAACAUCCCCACCUGCCUUUGUAGCUGGGGAGGGAAGAGGUUGGGUCACUAGGACCCGCAGAGACUGA